AUGGAGGAUCAGAUAUCUGAGACAGAAGAAUGGGCUGACACGGUACAAGUAUUCUACGAGCCUGACAAGAGAUGUAUCUACAGGGUUCCCAACAAACUCCGCAAAGUAAAUGAAGCAGCAUACACUCCUCAAUUAAUUUCGAUAGGCCCUUUCCAGCAUGGCAAACCAGAACUCAAGGACAUGGAGAACCAUAAAAAAAAAUAUUGUGAGAAUUUUUUGGCACGUUCUCCGAAGACAAGGGAUGAACAAAAAUGUUUCAUCAAGGAUUGUCAAGGAAAGAUUCUUAGUUGUUAUGCAGGGACAAUUAGUCAGGGUGACAAUACCGACUUUCUGGACGUAAUUCUAGUUGAUGCUGGCUUCAUCAUUGAGCUCUUCUUGAUGAAUUCCGAAAACCCUGAAAAUGAUUAUCACAUAUUAAGAUCACCGUGGCUGAGGAAAGCUAGGACCUCAUACUGUUCGAAAAUCAGCUUCCUUAUUUUAUUCUUCAAAACCUGUAUGACUUUUCCAGGCCCGUCUCUUGUUUCCAACCCUGGAACGAAGUGCAAGCACAAGAACAGGCCAAUAGACGACACAGAUGUAUUGAUCUUGAUCAGAUAUGUUACUGCUUGCCUUGCUGUCGUCGAACUCAACCCCAUGAUUAUCCUGUAG